GCCGCAAGUUCAUCAUCGCCAAUGCCCGGGUGGAGAACUGCGCGGUGAUCUACUGCAACGACGGCUUCUGCCAGCUGUGUGGGUACUCGCGGGCGGAGGUGAUGCCGAAGCCCAGCACCGGCGGGUCCUCGCGGGCGGAGGUGAUGCGCAGAAGCCCCACCUGCGACUUCCUCCACGGGCCCCGCACCCAGCGCGGCGCCGCCGCCCAGAUCGCCCAGGCGCUGCUGGGCGCCGAGGAGCGCAAGGUGGAGAUCUGCUUCUACCGCAAGGACGGCAGCUGCUUCCUGCGCCUGGUGGACGUGGUGCCGGUGGAGAACGAGGAUGGGGCCGGCAUGCGUUCAAUGUUCAUCCUGAACUUCGAGGUGGUGAUGGAGAAGGAGCGCCCGGGCUCGCCCGACAAGGACACCAACCACUGGGUCACCCCCGCCAACUGGUUCCCCGCAGGGCGCAGCAAGUCCUUCAGGCUGAAGCUGCCGGCGCUGCUGGCACUGGCGGGCAGCAAGCAGUCGCUGAGGCAGGAGCCGCCCGACGCCGUCGUCGUGGACUUCUCCAAGCAGAGCAGCGAGUCCGGCCCCGAGGAGGCCACCUCCUCGCUGGAGCCCAGCUGCCCGGGGGGUGCCCAGCCCGAGGACCAGGCGGCGCUGAUGGGGGAUGAGCUCCCCGAGCCGCCCGUCACCCACUCCUCGCCGCGCGCCGACCGCCUGGCCCUGCAGGCCGCCUUCUCCAACUGCAGCCUGGCACGGAGCCGCUCCCGCGAGAGCGUCCACAGCGUGCGCCGCGCCUCCUCCGUCGACGACAUCGAGACCAUGAAGGGCGAGGGCGACAAGCGCUGCCACAACCGCCACGCCAGCACCAGCGCCAGCAUGCACCGUGGCUCCAGCACCGGGGCCAUGAACAACGUCCGGAGCGCCCUGCUGAACUCCACCUCCGACUCGGACCUGAUGCGCUACCGGGCCAUCAGCAAGAUCCCCCAGAUCACCCUCAACUUCGUGGACUUCAAGGCGGACGCCUUCCUGGCCGCGCCGCCCGGCGAGAAGGAGAUCAUCGCCCCCACCAAGCUGAAGGACCGCACGCACAAUGUCACCGAGAAGGUUACCCAGGUGCUGUCGCUGGGCGCCGACGUCCUCCCAGAGUACAAGCUGCAGGCGCCGCGCAUCCACAAAUGGACCAUCCUGCACUACAGCCCCUUCAAGGCGGUGUGGGACUGGCUCAUCCUGCUGCUGGUCAUCUACACGGCCAUCUUCACCCCCUACUCGGCCGCCUUCCUGCUCAACGACCAGGAGGAGGCCCAGCGCCACAACUGCGGCUACUCCUGCAGCCCCCUCAACGUGGUUGACCUCAUCGUGGACAUCAUGUUCAUCAUCGACAUCCUCAUCAACUUCCGCACCACCUACGUCAACUCCAACGAGGAGGUGGUCAGCCACCCCGCCAAGAUCGCCAUCCACUACUUCAAGGGCUGGUUCCUCAUCGACAUGGUCGCCGCCAUCCCCUUCGACCUGCUCAUCUUCGGCUCCGGCUCUGAGGAGGUACCUGCCACCCCGCCAGGGUGCCGCGGUGCUGUGCUGGCACCGGCUGCACCAUGCCCUGGCUGGGCCGGGCGCUGUUUCAGUUCCGGCGCGGCCGUGCUCUUCCUCCUGAUGUGCUCCUUCGCCCUCAUCGCCCACUGGCUGGCCUGCAUCUGGUACGCCAUCGGCAACGUGGAGGGGCAGCGCAUCGGCUGGCUCCACUCCCUGGGCGACCAGAUCGGCAAGCCCCUCAACGCCAGCAACCCCCUCUACGGCCCCACCAUCAAGGACAAGCACGUCACCGCGCUCUCCUUCCCCUUCAGCAGCCUGACCAGCGUCGGCUUCGGCAACGUCUCCCCCAACACCAACUCCGAGAAGAUCUUCUCCGGCUCCACUCCCUGGGACAAGUACGUCACCGCGCUCUACUUCACCUUCAGCAGCCUGACCAGCGUCGGCUUCGGCAACGUCUCCCCCAACACCAACUCCGAGAAGAUCUUCUCCAUCUGCGUCAUGCUCAUCGGCUGUGAGUGCCCCCAGCGUGCGCCCAACGCGGGGGCUCGCUGGGGGGGUCCUGCUCUGCCCCCGCCGGCGGGGAGGGCACACGUCUGGGCCGAGGAGCACAAGGGCAGCGACAUGUGCAACCCCCUCUCAGGAGCCUUCUCGGGGGUCUCCAACAUCUUCAGCUUCUGGGGGGAGAGCCGGGGGCGGCAGUACCAGGAGCUUCCGCGCUGCACCAUCCCGGCUCACGCCGCCCUCAGCAUCCCGCUGCCGUCCAUGAGCCGCCGCCAGCGCUCCGAGGUGGAGACACGCCUCGACCUGCUCCAGAAGCAGCUCAACAGGCUGGAGACCCGCAUGGCCGCGGACAUCAGCUCCAUCAUGCAGCUGCUGCAGCGUCAGGCCGCGCUGGUGCCGCCCGCCUACAGCACGGUUUCGUCCCCCCACCAGCCCCCCGGCCCCCCGUGUCCGCUG